UCACCGUCAGUUCUACUGAGACAAAAAGAAAGUCUGAAAAAUUACGGCACUGAAGAAGCUGAACUAACCCGAGAGGGUCUUCUAGAAGGAGCUGGCAGCUCACGUCGUUCUCUACCUCUUAUAUCAACACUCGAUUAUAUGCGAACUGAAAGUGAACAAGCUGCAGCAGUUACAGUGUUGAACUUCAGUGGUGCCGAUCAACUAACCGAUAUGUUCUGGUAUAUGGUUUUACAGAAAAAGAUAAAUAUGCCAAAACUUCAACGCAUUUCUCUAAGUGGUUGCUACCUAUUGACAAAUGCUGGUAUAAGAUGGAUGGUUGAGGCAUUUCCUCAGGCAGAAUAUGUUGAACUUUGUGGAUUGAAAAAAUUGACAGAAGAAUCAUUACUGAAUAUUAUCUCAAAGUGGCAGAAAACCUUGGUUCAGGUGAAUUUAUCGGGAACCAGUGUUGGAUUGAUACCACAUGGGUACCAGGGCAGUAUUAAGAUUAAUGGCUGCCCAUUGGUCUCCCCAACAGAGACGUUAUACCAGGCUAAAAGUAAGACAAUGGCUGAGAAGAUGGAUAGACAGGUAGAGGAAUGGAGUUGCUAUAAGGUUGUCAUAGUAACAGAUGACACUGUACCAUGGAGCCCUCUAGCACUUUUUACUGGCGAGAAAGAUAUAAAAUCCAGCAAAAAGUUACAGAUUAAAAGUAAUGUCAGUAUUGGCAAAUCCACUGUGGUCAAUAUGUUUGAGGUUCCAGUGGACUCGGGGUUUGUGGACAUGUUUGUGACUAAAGGAAGUAUUGUAAUCAUACCAUAUCUACUGGCCGAGGAUGGCCCCGACCCAGACUAUCCUGAUGAAAUCAGUAACAAUAUCAUCAGAAUCUUUACAAAGUGUCCAGACUGUGUGUUUGUGUUGCUAGGACUAACGUCAGACACAGGACCUAAUGUGAACGAAGUAGCUGGCAGAUACUAUAAUCUCGUCUCCAACGCCAUUCACAAACGUAUGAAUGACCUAGACAAAGAGCUCAAAUUUUCUACAGAGACUAAAGUAUUCUUUGGACGAAUGUUCUACUACUCACAACAGAUGUUUAGAAAUGGCCAACAGCUUAAACAUUUCAUGAAAAACAUGGUAAAACCAGACAGGGAUAUGCUACAUCCAGACAUGAAGAAUCCACCACAUCAAAUUUUACCAGCCAUGAUGAAUAUUAAUGAGGACAACAAGAAAGUACUGGAGAAGCUGAUAGAAUCAGCCACUUCAUCUCUCAAGUUUCAUUUCCCCUGGUAUUUUAUGCCAUUCCAACUGGACUUGAAAUAUGCCCUGAUUGCCUUGGAAAAAGAUAAGAUACCUAUUACAAAUGUAGCAGAGAUUGCUGAAUCAAAAUCUGGGGCCAGUAGUGGAUUCUCUGAGUUUACAAGUCAUCCAAAUAUCACUCCUUUCAUCAGGAAAAUGCUGGAACUUCUUGAUCGUAUGGGUAAAUAUGUGUCCUUCCCAGAUUUAGGAGAGGGGUAUGCACUAUCAGAUUUCUCGUUCUUAGAAGAGUUGUAUAUCAAAUUGCUGAAUGGUAAAGCCCCACACCAAGCAAGUUGGAGAUUUCUUGGCUCAAACUUUCCGUGCUGGACAAAAGAAGAUGUUACUACAUUAUGCCUAAACCCUGAGAUGGGCGGAGCUAUGAUAGAGUUACUUCAGGAUAUGGGUAUAAUGUUAUGUAUACCACGAGAUGUGUGGACUACAGAGUUAUCAGAUACAUAUGCCUAUGUGUUAGUGAAGGACUUGCCUUAUUAUCCAGAUGUAGAUGUGGAGGUUUUAUGGCCGGACAGUCUCCCAUCAGAUGAGUUUCAGUUUGAGAGAUAUUAUACAUUCAUGCCAGGUGUACCUGACCAAUACUUUCCUUCAGUUUUGAGGCAGUGCCUUGACUUAGGUGGAGUUCGUCUUUUAUGGAAUAAAGGAGUUGUCAUCCGAAAGGGACCAGUUACUGUUUUAAUAGAAAUGCUGAAUAACGCAGAAAACUGCCCAAUGUUGUUUCUGGGAGCUAGAAUGGUCAGUAUUGGAAGUGAUGAGGACCAGAUGACAGACUCUCAUCUUGGUGUGUUUAAGAUCUACAGAGAUGUUGUUAAAGCAGCUGUGCUCAAUCAUAAUGUUUAUGCACUGGAAACAAUUCCAUGUACGAAAUGUCACCUUCCGAAGAACCGGUAUAGAACUGCGAAUGCUCGGGGCACUGAGAUCUGGCAGAUGAAAGAACAACUACUAGAGGGAUUUAAAGCAACGCAGAAAAAGGUUACGUGCAGGAAUGAUGGAAGUGAAAUCAAAUUAUCAGAUAUUCUAGUUCCUGAAUCUCAUUUUGACCUGGUACCAUCUCAUCAUUAUCUCGGGUGCCUACCAUCAUUCAGUGCAUAUAAUCGCUGUUUAUUCUGCCAGAAUUGUGCAUUUGCUGGUCCAUAUUGCGAGGGAAAUCUGCAAAAUGGAAAAACCUCACAGAACUGUAGCUGUGAUCGAGAGGGUCAACUGUGUGGAGAAUGUGGUAUAUGUCAGAGAUGUGUUGUAAAUAUAAAGAGGAAUGAAGUGAUAUGCUAUCAGAACUUCCAGAUGGGAAGUACUGUAGUGUCAUUGAUGAACUCUGAGUCAGUCAUUGACAAGAAAUCUCAGAGGAUUUACACCUGUGAACAAGACCUCACACCAAACUACUCACCUGUUGUUGUAGUUACAUUCAUACGAGGAGCUUUAAUCAACAUGAAACUGAAAAUUGGUACAUACUCACUAGAAUAUAAGACUGGAGAAGGCUCAAUUGCAGAAGUGAAAGGAAAAGACAUAGUUAAAGAAAACUCUGAUGAGAAGUGGAAAUGUAAAGAAGGAUACACUGUGUCUGCAGAACUUAGAUUUUCAAAGGAUGACCUUGAUGAAAUGGAGGUUGUAUUCCGCCAACAAGAUGUCACAAUCUUUGUUCAUAAAACAUCAACACAAAGUUGUUCUGUUACAAUAGAACCUCUUGUCAACGUGUCACUAGCUGUGUAUAUGCCAAACAUCAAGAGAAUUAAGCCCCAGGAACAAGAUGACUAUGGUGAAAAAGGAAUGUGUUCGUACACACCAGGAAGAUAUUUGGUUCCUUCUGCAAUAGAGGCCUCCUUAUUACAGGGGAAACAGUAUAUUGAGAAUGCCCUUUUUCAGGCUGGGGGUGUAAACUACUCAGGUUCAUCAUAUAUAACAUUGCCGGCCAAUAUUACUGAGGAACUUUUGCGGUACCCAAGUUUCACGCCUUUCAAAGAAGCACUGGCAUUUCAUCUAUUAUGCUAUACUAGAAGUAAGAUCAGUGAUGUUUUGUCAUUUGGUGGUGGUCAGGCGGUACCAGAGUCAUGGAGUGUGUACCGUAUGAUCCAUCUUAUAGAUCAUUCAGGCAUAGUCCUUGAUGUAUCGAGACAGUCACGUAUGUAUGACAAGGCUUCAUCACUGAUGUGGGGAUGGUGCUAUCUCUUCAAGAAUUUGCCAAAUUUGGAGCUUCCAAAAAAUGUUUCUGAAUUUCUGCCAAAGGAUGUUGUCAACACUUUAAGUCCAUCAAAGAUUGCGGCUGGAUUACAGGAUUUAUUAGAAAUCUCAUAUUGGAAACUCAUUCAGGGACUCAAGGUCACAGACCUUCUAGCGUUCUUUGAGGACACUUAUAAUCUUCUCACACAAUGUCAGGUUUUGCAAAGACUAACCAAAUCGAACAAGGAAGAUAUUGGCCUUAAUGAAGUUGUGAGUAAAUACAAUGAGGAGAAUAUUUUGUACCUUUGCCCAGGUCAUCAUGCCUCAAUGAAAGUAGAGGAAGGAAUCACAGAGGUUUUACCAGAGAUUUAUGGAAACUAUUCUCAAUUUCUUCUCUCUGUUGACAUGCCGGCGAAUCAGCUGACAGAGAUCCCUGAAAAUGCAUUCAAUGCCCUCCCGAACCUGGCAGAAUUUGAUUGCUCAAAUAACUUCAUUGAAAGUAUACCAGAAUCCAUUGGGGCAUGUAAAAAGCUUUACAGUUUAACUGUGUCAGAGAAUAAUAUAACUGACUUACCCAGCUCACUGAAAGAAUGCACGAAGUUAUUCCGUUUGGAUAUCAACAGUAAUAUGAUGGAGACGUUACCGGCAGUUGUGACCUCACUCAAACAACUUGAACGGCUAUACGCCUCAAAUAUGUUUUGGACAGAUUUGCCUGAAGACAUAGGGAAUCUUGUGAAUUUAGAAAAGCUAUAUAUCAAUGGCAACUGUUUCACAAGUUUGCCAAAAAGUUUUGCCAAACUUAGGAAUUUAAACGAUCUUGGUAUUUCUGGAGUGCCAUGGCUACACAUAUCUAAGUCAAAGAAAGUGAUGUCAUAUGAGAAUUUUGUAGACAAGUUACGGGUCUGGAGACUAGACAGGUGGCUAGAGGAACAUAAAGAGGAGAAAGAGAAGUUGUUCCAGUUCUUUGACAAGGAUGGAAAUGGGGUGCUAGAUAAUGAGGAGAUGGGACAACUAAAUGCUGCACUUUUCAACAUGUUUCCUAGAUUUGGUUACAAAGGACUGGAACCUCCUGAUGAUGAUACACCAAGUGGAUUCCCCAUGGAGAUUUUAGAAUGUAGAAAUCUGGAGUACUUAAACAUAUAUUAUCAGGGAUUUGUUUCCGUUCCUUCCGAGAUUGGUGAUCUUCAGGAACUUAAAAUUAUAAAUGUCAGUCACAAUCCAAACCUUCUCACUAUUCCUGCGGAGGUGGGAACUAUUUCUUGUUUGACAAGACUUGAGAUGGAAGAAUGCCCCUUAUUAAAGACUCCUCCAAAGGAAAUCCGAGUGAAAGGAUUUUCUACAACAUUUGCUUAUCUACGCAGACUUAUCUCAGGCUCGUUACCUUGUAAACGCACAAAACUGAUGCUGGUGGGACUUGGUGGUGCUGGUAAAACUAGUUUGGUGAACUCAUUACUCAGUAAAGAUGGCAAAGCUAAUCUCACUCAUGGGGAAGCUAUAACAGAUGGUAUAGAUAUAUGUACAUGGACAGUAAAGGCUGGUGAUGAACAUCUAACAUACAGUGUCUGGGACUUUGCUGGUCAAACUGUCUAUUAUAAUACACACCAGUUUUUCCUGUCAAAUAGAGCUGUUUAUCUACUGUUAUGGAAUGUAAGACUGGGAUUUGAACAUGCUGGUCUGGAUUUCUGGCUGAGCUCAAUAUCUGUACAAGCUCCAAAAGCUCCUAUAUUUGUAGUAGGCUCUCAUGUAGACCAGGUGUCAAAGUAUGAAGUUCCCAUUAAUGAGAUGAGUGCAAGAUAUAAACAGAUAGCUGGAUUUCAUUUUGUCAGUUCAUUUACUGGACAGGGUAUAAAGGAGUUACAGGAAAACCUGUUUGAUGUGACAUUACAACAACAAUACAUGGGUGAACAGAUUCCAGAAGUCUGGCUUACAUUUGAAAACACAGUCAUAGAGUCACGAAGUUCUAGUAAUGUAAUAGAGUAUACAGCUUUAGAGAAAAUGGCAAACAUGUCUGGGAUAUUUGAGAAAACUGAGGUAUAUCAAGCUGUCCAGUUCCUCCAUGAGUUAGGAAGUCUACAGCAUUUUACAACGGAAAGACUGAAAACAAAGGUUAUAGUAAAUCCUCAAUGGAUAGUAGAUGUAAUGGCUUGUGUUGUGUCAGUGAAAAACUCACCUAUAAAGGAGGGGCGACUCAAGCAUUCAGACAUUAAGACAGUAUGGCAGGAAUAUCCAGCAGAGUUACAUGACUGGUUACUGAAAUUAACAGAGGAAUAUGAUCUAACUUUCUCCCAAGAACAUGAACCAGUCAACCUGGUUCCCUGCCUUUUGCCAGAAAAGGCUCCAGAAUUUACCUGGCCAGAGUUAGAGAAGGAUUCUGAUAUUAAAGAGAACAAAAUGAUCUACAAGUUUGACUACCUACCUGCUGGACUCUUCAACAGAGGACAGGUGAGAUUACAUCAGAUAUCAGACAGUGCGUUGAUAUGGAAACGAGGUUCCUUCCUCAAGAAAAAUGGUCAUAUUGCUUUACUUCAACAAUCAAGAGAUUCAGAAUUGAUAGUUCAGGUGCAGGGUCCUCGGCCAGAGAAUGUGAUAUUUCUCGUUCAUGAGGUGUUUGAAGGGCUGAUAGCAGAAUCAUUUAGAGGUGUAACAUACGAUUACCUCAUACCUUGCCCAGACUGUCUUAGAAUGGCCACAAAAGACCCACACAUGUUUAAAGCUUCAACUAUCCGACGAGCAAUGGAAUUGAAGGCUCCAUUCUUACAAUGCAUCUCGUAUUUUCACACUAUAUCAUGCAUUGAUCUUUUAGCAUGUAUGCCACCAGACAAUCACAGUGACUUUGAUCUUCAUUUGGUGCAGUCUGUUAGAAAUCUGAGAGAUCUUAGGAAGGAUCUUGCAGCUGAUAUCUUCAUAUCAUAUUGUGGUAAAGAUGCCCCUAAAAGUAGAUCAUCAGUGAUUCACCCUGCAACUGUAUGUGAAGAUCUUCAAGCUGUCGGAUUUAAAUGUUGGUUUGCAGAGCCAGGAAAAAGUUACUCUAUAGAAGAGAUGGCAAGAGCUCUGACAGAUGCCUCAGUUGUUGUAGCAUUUGUAUCUACUGAUUAUGCCAAGGAUGAGGACUGUGUGAAUAUAUUCAAGUACGCUAGACUGACCUUGAGAAAACCGAUGAUUGUGGUUGCCGUGGGUGAUGGAUUUGAGUGGAAGCAGAGCAAACUGGGAAUUUUAUUGUCUGAUGAGGUGUUUGUUAAUAUGAUCAAGUCAAAGAAAGAAGUGUACAAGUCCAAGUUAGAUGAAUUGUUGAAAGCUAUAUCCAGCAAGACCAAUAAAGAGAUAGGAGUUAACCCUACACCAUCUUGUUUCUUCAGUUAUACCUGGGUCAACUCAGCUAAAGCUGUCAAGCUAGGUACCAGGUCUGUACCAGGUGCAAUUGGGUUUGGUGAUCCUAGAGCAAUCAAAGAUUAUUUAGAUACAAAUGGUGUGAAAUGUUGGAUUGAUGUAGAAAGAGUUGGACAGAAUGGGUUGUUUGAUGACAUAGCAGAAGGUUUGUUAAGUGCCAAGCUUGUUAUAGUGUGUGUAUCAGACGAGUAUGCGAACUCAGCUACAUGCCGUAUGGAGUUCCGCUAUGCAGCUAACACACUUAAACUGCCUGUUGUUCUAGCAGUAGUCGGGUCUGGCAACAACUGGCGGGCAUCAGAGGUGGGCGUCCUGUCUUUACGUUACCCAAUAGUGAGUUUUCAAGAGAAAAGUGAGACAGCCUACUCUAGUCUGCUUGCAUUGGUGAAAGAAAAACUUGAUGAAGGUGAUUCCGAGACAGCAAAAGAUAAUAAAAACAAACAAAACAAAGAACAUAAAAACCUCUCCUUCCAGGAAUUAUUUGAGCUUGCACAGAGAAAGUUACUUCGUCAACUGUGUUUUUAUGCGGAACAUCAGGAUGUAGAUGUGUAUCCUAGAUUGUUCAUUAUAGACUUCCUAAAAUCUCACACAGAAGAAGUUGAUGAUGAGGAAGAAGAGACUGUUGAUGACAAACAUGAAUCCGACACAGGUGCUGCAGAUAAGUCUGAUGGUGAGGGGAAGCCCUCUACACGACAGCGUUUAAAGAAAAUGUUUAAAAAACGUCCAGUAUCUUCGAAGAAAAAGUCAGACAUGAAGUCUAUAUUUAAAAUACAGAAAUACUGUGUACACACACUCUGUGAACAUGAUGAGGGUUGGCACAGUGUAACAGAACCCAUACCAUUACCUCACGAUUUUGGGGAAACAACUCUAGACAGGUUCUGUCCCUUUAUUUCUCGAAUGACAGCAGUUAUGAAAUACAAUAAACAUUUUAACUUUAACUGUAUGCAGAGUGAGUUUGGGGAAGACUAUAUCACAUGGCUUGAAGAGAAUCCUCAAGCAACAAUGUCGGAUUACCAGGAAAUAUAUCAUGAGUUUAGACAACUUGUUAUAGAUGCUGACUCUCACAGGAUCAUGGGAAAACUGGAAAGAUUCCGUUUACCAAAGGGAAGACAAUUUGGGUUUUGUGAAAAACACAGAAAGGGAAUGAAGGUGACCCGUGUUGAUUUAGAUUUUGAAGCCAAUAGGAAAAACAGAACUGUGGGGAGACAAUUAUUGUCCAUUGGUGCCGGGGUCUCAAAAGGUCCGGAAACAAUUACUGAGUUUAUAGAAGUUUAA